AUGGUGAUGUGGAUCUACAAACGAGACGGUCGAAAGGAACCUGUCGCCUUCGAUAAAGUCACUGCUCGUAUAAACAAGCUUUCUUAUGGUCUCGACCCCAAUUUCGUCGAACCUGCUGAAAUCACCCAAAAAGUGAUUGUUGGUAUUCAUGCUGGUAUCACUACUGUCGAACUUGACAACCUCGCUGCCGAAACUGCCGCCUAUCUUACCACCAAACACCCAGAUUACGCUAUCCUCGCUGCCAGAAUUGCCAUCUCCAAUCUCCACAAAGAGACCAAGAAGCAUUUCUCAUCAGUCAUUCAAGACUUGUACGAAUGGGUCAACCCCAAGACCGGCAAACAUGCUCCUAUGAUUGCUGACGAUGUCUACAAGAUCGUCAUGGACAACAAAGAAACUCUCGACUCAGCUAUCAUCUACGAUCGAGAUUUCGCUUACAACUAUUUCGGUUUCAAGACCCUCGAACGAUCUUACCUCUUACGAGUUAAUGGUAAAAUCGUCGAAAGACCCCAACACAUGAUCAUGCGAGUUGCUGUCGGUAUCCACGGAGCCAACAUCGACAAGGUCAUCGAGACUUACAAUCUCAUGUCUGAACGAUACUUCACUCAUGCUUCUCCUACUCUCUUCAACUCUGGUACUCCUCACGCUCAAAUGUCUUCAUGUUUCCUCGUUGCCAUGAGAGACGAUUCUAUCGACGGUAUUUACGAUACCCUCAAAACCUGUGCUCAAAUCUCCAAGACUGCCGGUGGUAUCGGUCUUCACAUCCACAACAUUCGAGCCAAGGGUGCCUACAUCGCCGGUACCAACGGAUACUCCAACGGUAUUGUCCCUAUGUUGAGAGCUUACGAUGCUACUGCUCGAUACGUCGACCAAGGUGGUAACAAGCGACCUGGUGCCUUCGCCAUCUACCUUGAACCAUGGCACGCCGAUGUCUUCGACUUCCUCGACUUGAGAAAGAACCACGGUAAAGAGGAAGUCCGAGCUCGAGAUCUCUUCUACGCUCUCUGGAUCCCCGAUCUCUUCAUGAAGCGAGUCGAACAAGAUGGUGAUUGGACCCUCAUAUGUCCUUCCGAAUGUCCCGGUCUUGCCGACGUUCACUCCGAAGAGUUCGAGAAACUUUACGAAGGUUACGAGAAAGCCGGUAAAGGUCGAAAGACUAUCAAAGCGCAAAAACUCUGGUUCUCUAUCCUCGAAGCUCAAACCGAGACUGGUGGUCCUUUCAUCCUCUACAAGGACGCUGCCAACUCCAAAUCCAACCAGCAACACUUGGGUACCAUCAAGUCAUCCAACUUGUGUACCGAAAUCAUCGAGUACUCUGCUCCUGAUGAAGUAGCUGUAUGUAACUUGGCUUCCCUCGCUCUUCCCGCUUUCGUCGACCUAGAGAAGAGAACCUACGACUUCAAGAAGCUACACGAGAUCACCAAGGUUGUCACCAAGAACUUGGACCAAGUUAUCACUCGAAACUACUACCCUGUUCCCGAAGCUCGAAACUCCAACAUGCGACACCGACCUGUCGGUUUGGGUGUACAAGGUCUUGCCGAUGCCUUCAUGGCUCUCCGAAUGCCUUUCGACUCUCCUGCCGCUCGAGAGCUCAACAUCCAGAUCUUCGAGACUAUCUACCACGCCGCUUUGACCGCUUCUUGCGAGAUGGCUCAAGAACUCGGUAAAUACCCUUCAUACGAGGGAUCACCCAUCUCUCAAGGUAAACUCCAGCCUGACUUCUGGGGUCGAACACCUACCGACCUCUGGGACUGGACUGAACUCCGAUCGAACAUUGCUAAACAUGGUGUCCGAAACUCCUUACUCGUUGCUCCUAUGCCUACUGCCUCCACAUCUCAGAUCUUAGGUUGGAACGAAUGUUUCGAACCUUACACUUCCAUGCUUUACGCUCGACGAGUACUUUCAGGUGAUUUCCAAGUCGUUUGUCCUUGGUUACUCCGAGAUCUCAUCAACUUGGGAUUAUGGGACGAUAACAUGAAGAACCUCAUCAUCGCUGCUGGAGGAUCCAUCCAGAAUAUCCCUCAGAUCCCUGCUGAGCUCAAAGCUAUCUACAAGACUGUAUGGGAGAUCUCUCAAAAGGCAGUCAUCGACCUCGCAGCCGAUCGAGGAGCGUUUAUCGAUCAAUCUCAAUCGCUCAACAUCCACUUGGCCAACCCUUCGUUCUCCCAAUUGACCUCGAUGCACUUCUACGGAUGGAAGAGAGGAUUGAAGACUGGUGCCUAUUACCUCCGAACCAAACCUUCUGCCAACGCUAUUCAAUUCACCAUCGAUGCUGCUACUCUCAAACAAGCUAAAUCACUCGCUGCUGACGGAAAGAAACCUGCUGCCGCUGGUUCACCAUCCGCUUCAGCUGAAUCAUUGGUAGCUCCAAUGAGACAAGUUAAAAUUGCCACUACCGCUUCUUCCGCACCUGUUCCUCAACCACCUGCCCCCGAGAGCCGAUCCGAUUCGCCCAAACCUAGCGAAGAGGAGGAGAUCACCUAUGAAGAAGCCAAGCGAAGAGCCGAGGAGAGAGCGGAAGCUGCUUUACAAUGCUCGAUCGAGAACAAAGAUGCUUGUUUGAUGUGUUCUGGAUAG